UUUUACUUUGUAAUAAUCUACCAUGAGAACUAUCCAAACAGCUGUGAAGGCAGGAGACAGCUACAAGGGACAAUCAGAUUCUUCAAAGCUCAGGAACAAAGGAUUGAAACAGACAAAAAUGAAUCUUUUCUGCUUUUCACUGGAGGGCUCUAUGGUCAGUUUAUAUGAGCCAGUCCCAGAAUAACAAGCUAACCAAGAAAGCGCCUCGGGUAGAACUGGUUCUGUUCUCUCACCCCUUGUGGAGUAUGGAGAAACACUCAGCAAUCUUUCCAAGGAAGUUUCUAAAUUUGCAAAUGGAAAACCACAAAGAAAGUUAAUCCAGAGAUCUAUGUUUGAAAACAAGGUACUUAAAGGAAAAACUGUGAAUGAUACCAUCUGGCAGGAUUCCAGCAAACCUGAGAAUAAUUCCCACAUCAGAAGGCUCUGUCAGCUAAAAGAUCAAAAUGAAGAGGCUUUUCUUUUGGGUAGUAACAUACAUAUUCUUCAAGGAAAAAAACUGCCAGGCAUUUCUUAUCAGGUAAUUUGAGCAGUCAAAAUGUGGAGUCCAUCUCACUGUCAAAGGUAUGUUAAGACUACUGACAGGGAAAUGGCCAUAAAAUCAGGUGGUGACCCAGUAGAAUCAAUGAGGACAUUAAAGCGACUGCAGAAACUUGUUCAGAUCAAGAAAGCCGGGGUGCUGAGUCUGAAUGAGAUGAAAUUCACAUUAAUAAAUCUCCAAGAUAAAGAUGAAAGAUUAAUUUCCUGGAUGAAAUUAGAAAAGAAAAGAAAAUUAGUAAUGCCAGAACAAGGAAGAAGGAAAAAAAUGGAGAAUAAAAUGGAUACCAUUCCUGCAUCACUGGUUAGAUCCAGCACUUCUGGCUGCAGGCUUCACAUUGAAGGUGAAGUUCAAAUGUGGAAAAGUUGGAAGCCUUUUCCAGAAAAUGUGCUCUGGACAUGUGUCGAUUUCCAAAUUACCCAAGCUGAACCCUAGGACAACUGUUUCCACUGCUCUCACCACUCACAUCUCAAGUCUUCUUGUACAGAUACAGAUCUCCCACAUUCGAGGCGCAGCAGCAGUUUUGGGAAUUUUGAUCGUUUUCGGAAUACACCCAUAUCAAAACCAGAUGAUUCAUCUGAGGUAUAUGAAGGGGAUCCCAUAAGCGAAAAUGGAGAACAAAAUAAAGCUUCAAAUAAUGCACGUUUAGGUAAAAAAGUAAGAGCCAUCUCAUGGACAAUGAAGAAAAAAGUUGGUAAAAAGUACAUCAAAGCCCUUUCUGAGGAAAAGGAUGAGGAAGAUGGAGAGAAUGCCCUCCCAUAUCGGAACAGUGACCCCAUGAUUGGAACCCACGCAGAGAAGAUGUCCCUCACAGCCAGUGACUCCAUGGAUAGUCUCUACAGUGGGCAGAGCUCAUCAAGUGGAAUAACAAGCUGUUCAGAUGGUACAAGUAACAGGGACAGCUUUCGACUCGAUGAAGAUAGCCCCUAUACCGGACCAUUCUGUGGCCGGGCCAGAGUGCACACUGAUUUCACCCCAAGCCCCUAUGAUACUGACUCCCUCAAGAUCAAGAAAGGAGACAUCAUAGACAUUAUAUGCAAAACACCAAUGGGCAUGUGGACUGGAAUGUUGAACAAUAAGGUGGGAAACUUCAAAUUUAUAUAUGUGGAUGUCAUCUCAGAAGAGGAAGCAGCCCCCAAGAAAAUAAAGACAAAAGGAAGGAAUGAAAAGGAAAAACCCAAGACUCUGCAGGAGUUCCUGGAGAGGAUUCACCUUCAGGAAUAUACUUCAACACUUUUGCUAAAUGGUUAUGAGAGCCUAGAAGAUUUAAAAGAUAUAAAAGAGAGUCAUCUCAUUGAAUUAAACAUUAAAAACCCAGAAGACAGGAUGAGGUUACUAUCAGCUGCUGAAAAUCUCCUUGAUGAAGAAACUAUUCAAGAGCAAGAAAAUGAAUCUGGGUCCCUUUCCUUAAGUCCAGACAUCUCCUUAAAUAAGUCCCAGUUAGAUGACUGUCCAAGAGACUCUGGUUGUUAUAUCUCAUUAGAAAAUUCAGAUAAUGGCAAAGAAGAUCUGGAGUCAGAAAAUCUGCCAGAUAUGGUACAGAAGAUUACUAUCACAGAGACAAGUGAAUGAAUACACAUUCUCAACUCUACAUCCACAGAAACAUUUUAUUCUAACUCAUCUUGAACUUGGAGAGAAAAGUAUUUGCAGAAACAAUCUAAAGUUAAAAUCUUUUCAUCUAAAUAAUUGUACAUACAAUUUCGUAAUUGUUAACAUUGCCAAUUGUAAAUAUGUAUAUUUAUUUUUAAAAGCCAUAUAUGUUAAUAUUUCACUUGCCUAUAUUAAAAAGUGUAGGUAUUACAUAUGCAUAAAAUAAACUUAUUUUACUGUAUUCUGUAAGUGAAAAAUGAAAAAUUCUGUGGAAAAAAAUCUUUUUUUUCAUACCUGCCAGCUUUGAAUAUGUAUAUUUUACUGAAUGAACAGUAAUAGAGCAUGUGUCUAUUUAAUUAAUUGUCAAGGCAGCAUUUACAUUCAUUUUUAUGCUUACUGGGAAAGUGUGUUAAUAUUGUAGUAAUUUUAUACUGAUUCAAAGUGAAGUGCUAAUUUUUUUGUGGACUUCUUUACUGUUAUCUGGUAUAAAAGUAUAGAUGACAAUAUAUUGUCCAUUCUGAUUUAGUAAAACUAAUUUGAUCAUUGUACAGAUGUUUCAUCUUUAAGCAUGUAAAUAUUUUUUUUAAUUUUGAAAUACCUUAAUCCGAAUAAU